AUGCGGGUCUGCGGGAGAGUUUGGAGAGCUCCGAGGCCGAGAAGCGCGGAGCCCGAGGCGAUCAGGAUUUGUGAGAUCCCUGAUUCUUUAUAUAUGGGAUGUGAGAAAGCGAGAACAAUCAAGGGUGACUUUUCUAAUGUUGAUUUCAUAGCCGAGAUUCGACAUUCCUGCCAUCUCCUGGGCACUGGAUUCUCCUUUGAAGUUCUCUAUCACAACUGUUCUCUUGACAGCAUGGAUGGGGAGGAAGAUGAUUUGUCUCUGCUGACUGCAUUGCUGGAGGAGAAUGAGUUAGCCCUGGACUGUAAUUCAGAAGAGAGUCACCGCUUGACCCAGGAAGAUCGUGAACCUGAUGCAUUUGAUGAGCUCUUUGAUGCAGAUGAUGACGGUGAAUCUUACUCAGAGGAGCCUGCUGAUGGAGAAGUGGGAGAGACUGAGGACCGAAAGGAAAAUCUGGCCACUCUCUUUGGAGAUAUGGGGGACUUAACAGAUGAAGAAGAAGUUCCCACACCACAGUCAACUAAAAACAGUGUCCCCACUGCUCCUGCUCCAAGUCAAGGGAAAAGUAAUCAAGAGUUGCAAGAGCCCAAAAGUUCGUCUUCAGGGACGACAAGUACACUUUCCCAACCACUCCGAACUACUCCUGGAAACAAACCUAGUGGGUUGACCAGAGAUCACAGCGCAGGGACCCCCAGGAGUUCUGGAGAACCGCAAACCGUGAUCUCUGUGGAAGCCUUCUCGGGCCUGAGACUCAGGCGGCCUCGAGUGUCCUCCACAGAGAUGAACAAGAAAAUGAUUGGCCGAAAACUGAUCAGACUUUCUCAGCUCAAGGAAAAGAUGGCAAGUGAGAAGCUGGAAGAAAUAGACUGGGUGACUUUUGGGGUUAUAUUGAAGAAAAUCACUCCACAGAGUUGUAAUAGUGGGAAAACAUUUAGUAUCUGGCGACUGAAUGAUCUCCGUGACCUGACGCGGUACGUGUCGUUGUUCUUGUUUGGAGAAGUUCACAAACAACUCUGGAAGACUGAACAGGGUACUGUCAUAGGGUUGCUCAACGCGAACCCCAUGAAGCCCAGGGAUGGUUCUGAGGAGGUGUGUUUGUCUGUUGAUCAUCCUCAGAAGAUCUUAAUCAUGGGUGAAGCUCUUGACCUGGGAACCUGUAAAGCAAAGAAGAAGAAUGGACAGCCAUGUACACAGACUGUUAAUUUGAACGACUGUGAGUACUGCCAGUACCACAUCCAGACCCAGUACAAGAAGCUCAGCGCCAGGCGAGCUGAACUGCAGUCAACCUUCUCCGGAGGACGAAUUCCAAAGAAGUUUGCCCGCAAAGGCACCGGCCUGAGAGAACGGCUGUGUCAGGAUGGUUUUUACUACGGAGGAGUUUCUUCUGCAUCGUACGCGGCCUCCAUUGCAGCUGCUGUUGCUCCUAAAAAGAAGAUUCAAACCACUCUGACUAAUAUGGUCGUCAAGGGGACAGACUUGAUCAUUCAGGAGGCCCAACAAAAGCUUGGAAUACAUCAGAAAAGCUUGUCUUGCUCUGAGGAAUUCAGGGAACUGAUGGACUUGCCUACAUUUGGAGCCAGAAACUUGAAACAACAUUUAGCCAAAGCCAGGUCAUCAGGGCUGACGGGGAGCCUGAAACCCGCUUUCCAGUCUGUCUCGGCGUCAGCCCUCUUGAAGCAGCAGAAACAGCACAUGCUGGAGAUGAGGAAAAAGAGAUCAGAAGAAAUACAGAAACGAUUUCUCCAAAGCUCAAGUGGGGUCGAAAGCCUGGCUGUGCCACCCACUUCUCAACGGGCCCCUUCUCGGUCUCCACAAAUGGGGGCUGAGUUCCCCAGCCUGGAAGGAACACCAGCCACACCGAUGCCCAAGCUUGGGCGAGGCAUCUCAGAAGGAGAUGAUGUUCUAUUUUUUGAUGAGUCCCCGCCACCAAGACCAAAACUGAGUGCUUUAGCAGAAGCCAAAAAGUUAGCCGCUAUAACCAAAUUAAGGGCAAAAGGUCAGAUUCUUACAAAAACAGAUCCCAAUGGCAUUAAAAAGAAGCAGAAGGACCCCCAGGAUGUCCUGGAAGUGAAGGAACGUGUAGAAAAGAACAACACAUUUUCUCCUCAAGCUGAAGAUGAAUUGGAGCCUGCCAGGAAAAAAAGAAGAGAACAACUUGCCUACCUGGAAUCUGACGAAUUUCAGAAAAUUCUAAAAGCAAAGUCGAAGCACACAGGGGUUCUAAGAGAGGCAGAGGCUGAGCUGCAGGAACGCUAUUUUGAGCCACUGGUGAAAAAAGAACAAAUGGAAGAAAAGAUGAGAAGCAUCAGAGAAGUGAAAUGUCGAGUAGUAACAUGCAAGACGUGUGCCUACACCCACUUCAAGCCUUUGGAGACCUGCGUCAGUGAGCAGCACGACUAUCACUGGCAUGACGGCCUAAAGAGGUUUUUCAAGUGUCCCUGUGGAAACAGAAGCAUCUCCCUUGACAGGCUCCCCAAAAAGCACUGCAGUAAUUGUGGCCUCUUCAAAUGGGAACGAGAUGGAAUGCUAAAGGAAAAAACAGGCCCAAAGAUAGGAGGCGAAACCCUGUUACCAAGAGGAGAAGAACAUGCCAAAUUUCUGAAUAGCCUUAAAUAG